UCUUCUUCCUCUACUCCGCCCCCGAUCUAACCACCGCAGUCUCGUCUAAGGGUAUGGCUACCAAGCAGCCAAAUACUGGCCUUUUUGUUGGAUUGAACAAAGGCCACAUUGUAACCAAGAAGGAGUUGGCACCACGUCCUUGUGAUAGGAAAGGAAAAAUUUCCAAAAGGGUCCAAUUUGUGAGGGGCUUGAUUAGGGAAGUUGCUGGUUUUGCUCCAUAUGAGAAGAGAAUUACUGAGCUUCUGAAAGUUGGCAAGGACAAGCGUGCACUUAAGGUAGCUAAAAGGAAGCUGGGAACUCACAAGAGGGCAAAGAAGAAGCGUGAGGAGAUGUCUAAUGCUCUCCGCAAGAUGAGGGCUGGUGGAGGUGGAGAGAAGAAGAAGUGAAAGCUUAUUUCAUCUUUGGUGACGCCUGCCCUGUUCACAUUAAAAGUUAGUUUAUUUAGCAAUGUGUUUGCCUUUUUGUUGAAGACAGAAUGAUCUGGUUUAUAGAUGAGAAAUCUGUAGUACUCUUAAAUUCUGGUUACCAUGUUGUCUGGAUUUUUAAUGUAUGGUCGUUUAUUUUUUUUUAAAAAAUAUAUAUUUUCUGAUGAGUACUGUUUUAUUUGAUAAAAAAUGAUUGAGAAA